GCUUAUUUUCAGGAGCUUAGGUGUCUAGUAUUUUUGUUUGUUUACGAUGUCUGGCCGAGGCAAGCAAGGAGGCAAAGCUCGUGCUAAAGCGAAGUCUCGUUCUUCUCGUGCAGGUCUACAGUUUCCCGUGGGCCGUGUCCACCGCCUCCUCCGCAAGGGCAAUUACGCAGAGCGUGUGGGGGCCGGCGCGCCAGUGUACCUGGCAGCGGUACUGGAGUAUCUGACCGCCGAGAUCCUGGAGCUGGCUGGCAACGCGGCUCGUGACAACAAGAAAACACGCAUCAUCCCGCGCCACCUGCAGUUGGCCAUCCGUAACGACGAGGAGCUCAACAAGCUUCUUGGCCGAGUGACUAUUGCACAGGGCGGUGUCCUUCCCAACAUCCAGGCCGUGCUGCUGCCCAAGAAGACCGAGAGCCAUCAUAAGGCCAAGGGCAAGUGAUUUGACAGGCAUCUGAAUUUCCGGAAAGGCUAUCAAACCCAAAGGCUCUUUUCAGAGCCCCCCCACCCUUUCAAAGGAAGAGCUAAACUCACUGUUUAGAUAAAAAGGAAAAAUAUUAAGGUUUCAAAAGCUUCUCAUUACAGAGAGAUGCUAGGAUCCUGAGUGUCUGCCAAACCCAUCAAUUCUCAGAAAUAAAUGGAUGGACGGGGUAAAUGUUCCUAUGUCGCCGAUUGACUCUGCACCUGCAAAUGUUUUUAUAGUAAAAACUUGCUCUAGGUUUAUUUCUUUUUGUUUGUGUGUGUGUGGGAAUAUGGAGGGUGGAGGAGAGAGAAAGAAUACCAUCAAGGGAAAGCUCUCUUUAGUACAAAAUGUGUUUAAUUUUUUGAAUAAGUAUUACAUUCACAGAGUUCAAACAACUUAAAAUACAAUAACAAGAUGUGUAUUGAGAAUCCACCCCUCAAAUUCCCACAGUUAAUCACUUUUUUUCCUUGUGUAUCUGCCCAGUGUGAAUUCAUGCUGAUGUCAGUCAAUAAUGAAUAUGUUUUAUCUCCACCCUUUUCCUUCUUACAAGGUAGCAGACUGUAUACAGUUGCUCUGUUCAUAACAAUAUAUCUUGGAGAACUUUCCAUAUGAGAACACAUGGAGCUUCCCAUACACAGUUGCAUGGUAUUGCUCUAUAGGGAUGCUUUGUAGUUUAUGUAACCUGUGUCCUGUUGGUAGGCACUCGAGUUGUUUCUAGUCUUUUGCUUUAAAACAUUUCUGGAAUGAUUAACUCUGAUUUACAGCAAAAUUGAAAUUACUCUCCUAUUCUGCUGGGAUGGUGGACAGUAAACUGAAAUUCCAGUCACUCUUGGGUUGGACUCAAGGUUCUUCCCCUUAAAAACUAUGUGACUGUCACCAGGUCAUUUUGAACCUCAAUUUCUUUGUCUGUAAAAUGGAGGUGAUACCUAUCUUAGGUGACUAUGAGAAUGAAAAAGAUCACGUGUAUGGAUUGUUUGGAGCUCAAAAAAUCAGGAGAA